AUGUCCCGGCUUGGCAUGAAUUCCACCUUCGCCUCUUCCUCGCCCGUCACCUACAGCGAUUACUUCAACGACAUCUCACAAUACAACGUCCACCUCAAUGUCUUCGAAAGGGCUUGGGCUGCAUGGUACGCGUACAUGCAGAAUGACGUCCUUGCCACCGGCAUUAUGUCCUUCAUGAUGCACGAGAUUGUUUACUUUGGCCGCUGUUUGCCUUUCAUGAUCAUGGACAAGAUCCCAUAUUUCCGCCGAUACAAGAUUCAAGGCCAAAAAAUGCCCACCCUCUCCGAACAAUGGGCAUGCGCAAAGCUCGUCCUUCUGUCGCACUUCACCGUCGAACUCCCCCAGAUCUGGCUCUUCCACCCUAUGUCCCAAUACUUCGGCCUGUCCAGCACCGUUCCUUUCCCCCACUGGACCACAAUGGCAUGGCAAAUCGCUUUGUUCUUCGUUCUUGAGGAUGCAUGGCAUUAUUGGUUGCACCGAGCUCUCCACACGCCUCGCUUGUACAAGAUGAUUCACAAACUCCACCACCAGUACAGUGCGCCUUUCGGUCUUGCUGCAGAAUAUGCUUCGCCACUCGAGACCAUGAUCCUCGCCUUCGGCUCAGUCGGUAUUCCCAUCGUCUUCUGCGCAUUCACCAAGAACCUGCAUAUCAUGACCAUGUACUUGUGGAUCAUUGGCCGUCUCUUCCAAGCUAUCGAUGCUCAUUCGGGAUACGAGUUCCCUUGGAGCUUGCAUCAUUUCCUCCCAUUCUGGGCUGGUGCCGACCACCACGACGUACACCAUGAGAAGUUCCUCGGUAACUACUCCAGUUCAUUCCGAUGGUGGGAUGCAGUCAUGGGUACCGAAGCCGGAAGUGCAUCGGACAAGAAGUUGAGAGAAAAGAAGGUUGCUGUCAAAGAGGAAUAA